UUGGUGUGUUGAUCGCCAGUUACUCUGGACAUAAUGAGCUCUUCGACUUUUUGGGGAGCGGUAUCCAAUGGUUGGGAACUGAAAAAAGUAUUGGCACUUUCCUGGAACAUUUUACCAUUGUCUACUGGAUACCUGUGGGCAUCGGUGCCUUCAUCUCGCUGAUCUACACUGCAGGUCACAUCUGGUUUCCACGAUGUGUCAGAAUGGCAAGAACAGACAAACUUUUCCUUCGGCCUCUCUACUGCGGAAUUCUUCUAGAACAGUCGAUGAUGAUGAACAGACGUCGAGACGAAGAGGAACUGGGAGAGUACAAGAUGGGUGGCAGAUGGUUUAAAGAGCUGGCUAGACAAAAGAGUAUAGAAGAUGACGACGAUCAGAUACAGAGCGAGCUACUCGACCCGUCCGCGGCCAAGGACAAACUGCGAACAGACUCGACUCCCAUGAUCUUCAUCUGCGCCACUAUGUGGCACGAGACGGAAAACGAGAUGAUACAGAUGCUCAAAUCAGUCUUCAGAAUGGAUUCUGAUCAAAGUGCUAGAAGAACCGCCCAGAUUUUCUUCAACGUCACGGAUCCGGAUUAUUACGAGUUUGAAGCACACGUGUUUUUCGACGAUGCUUUCGAAGCCCAUGCGGACGAUGACUAUAACUACAAAGUAAACAAUUUCGUCAAACAGCUUGUGCGAGUGAUGAACGUCGCUGCAAGUGCUGUUCACAACACUGUGAUGACGAUUCCUCCGCCUGAGAAGAUUCCGACUCCGUAUGGAGGACGUCUGGAGUGGAAACUUCCUGGUGGAAACCUUUUCACGGCUCACCUCAAGGAUAAGGCGAAGAUCAGGCACAGGAAGCGAUGGAGUCAGGUGAUGUACAUGUAUUUUUUUCUGGGAUACCGACUGCUGGCUGAAAAGAUACCUCUGAAUCAAAAACAGAAGCGUGCUGAGAACACGUUUCUGCUGGCUCUUGAUGGUGAUGUGGAUUUCCAGCCUCACGCUGUUCAGAUUCUUGUAGACCGAAUGAAGAAGAGCGGAAGUAUCGGCGCUGCAUGCGGAAGGAUACACCCUGUCGGCUCUGGUCCAAUGAUCUGGUACCAGAAAUUUGAAUAUGCUGUCAGUCAUUGGCUACAGAAGUCAACGGAACACAUUUUAGGCUGUGUGCUGUGCAGCCCAGGGUGUUUCAGCUUGUUCCGCGGUUCCGCGUUGAUGGACGAUAAUGUCAUGAAGAGAUACACCACCCCAUCAGAGGCGCGACACUAUGUUCAAUACGACCAAGGUGAAGACAGGUGGCUGUGCACUCUUCUGCUUCAACAAGGCUACCGAGUGGAGUACUGCGCAGCCUCAGACUCGUUCACGUUUGCCCCCGAGGGAUUCUUCGAGUUCUUCAAGCAACGCAGACGAUGGACUCCGUCAACAAUGGCCAACAUCCUCGACCUGAUUCAGAAUUGGAGACAGACGACCAAGAAGAAUGAUGACAUCUCCAUCAUGUACAUGUUUUACCAGCUCUUCCUGUUCAUUACCUCGGUCCUCACGCCUGGCACAAUCUUCAUGCUGAUAGUGGGCGCCUUUAACAGUGUCUACCAUCUCAACAUCACGGUCGCCUUCGUCAUUAAUCUCAUACCAGUCGCCAUCUUUGUUCUGCUGUGCUUCAAGGCACCCAACAGUGUACAGCUGGACUACGCAGCUCUACUGUCUAUUAUAUAUGCACUUGCGAUGAUAGUCGUAUUGGUUGGACUGGUCAAGCAGAUGGCAGAGACUGGAUUUUGUUCUGUGACGACUAUAUUCCUGGUUACUCUUGCUGGGAUAUUCGUGGUUUCGGCAAUUCUUCACCCUCAGGAAUUCGGCUGCCUCUUUCAUGGUUUUCUGUAUUUCAUCUCAAUUCCGUCAAUGACCAUGUUGUUGAUGAUUUUCUCCCUCAUCAACCUACAGAAUGUCUCUUGGGGAACACGCGAAGUCAAGACAGCAGCGCCACCUGUUCGGCAGCAGCAGCAGCAGCAAGCCACAAAUGUUUCUGCUGAUAAGAGCAUGCUUCAGAAACUGUUGGCCAACUUCACAAAUAGUGAAAAGAUGAAUUCGGAAAAUACUUUUUCAUUUGGAAACCUUUUCAGGUGCAUGUGUUGCCCCAGGUCAGAGACCAGGGGAGAUGAUCUUAAAAUCAAGGCUAUUUUGGAACGUCUCAACGCUCUAGAUGAUAGGAUUGGGGAAGUGACAAAUGGGGCAAGCAGUAUGCAUUCAGCACGUGCCUCAGAACCAAGUAACCCAUUGGAUGUACAGCCAUUCUCCCAGAAUGCAAAUCUGUUCGAAAGAGCUGAUUAUCCUUUAUACAAAGAAGAAAAACAUGUUAAACGUGAUGAAUUGAGAAAUCCAGUUUGGAUCAGUGAUGAAGAUCUUGGAAAAGGCAACAUUAAGGUGAAUGAUCCUGAAGAAAAUGCAUUUUGGAAGGACUUGAUCAAUAGUUACCUCUUCCCUCUUGAAGGAAACAAGGAAAAGGAGAAGCAAAUAAAACAAGAACUGGUUGAACUUAGAAAUAGGUUUUGUUUGGCCUUCAUGAUAAUCAACGCAAUGUUCAUCAUUUUGCUGUUUGUUAUGGAGACUCUUACAGAAGACAACAGUAAUCUAAACUUUAGGAUGCCGUGUAACGUCGAGGGCUUAGAAGGUCAAAGGAUUCAACCAACUGCUGUUAGUUUUACUCUUAUCUUUGGUAUACUGAUAGUACUGCAGUUCGUGGCAAUGCUUUUUCAUAGGUAUUCCACGUUUCUGCACAUCGCAGCCAUUACAGAACUGACGAGCAAGCAGAUGAUUAUUGGUGACAGCAAAGAACAGAAACCAAGUGUCAACGAAGCCAUUCAGCUUGUCCGUGAUAUGCAGACCAUUCGAGAAGAUGAUGAAAUCUCGAUUGCUCCCGAGGAACCUGAACCAGAUUAUGUUGAGGAUGAUGAUGAAAGUGGAUCGAAAGAAAAAGAACUGUUUGCAAAGUUUAAAGCAAGGCACAGAGGAAUACAGGCUCACCGAACUCUAAACCGUACAUUUAUGAAGAAUUUCAACCAGCUGGUGUCGGAACUUGAACAAGUCAAGAUACAGGACAAAACAAAGAAGGAUGUUCGAUUUGAUGCACAGACAAGGUUCAGAAGAUUUGAGAAAAAGUCUGUGCAUACGAUCGUCAAGAUAGCCCAGGCGGAUAAAGAAUACAAAGAAAGCGUAGUCAAACAUGCACACAAAUGGAACGACGCUGUGAAGAAACUUGGCAUCGUGAAACAACUGAAGACCAAGAAUCAGCUGACUUCGUUCCAAGACGUCGUCAGAGCUGCGAUGAUCAAACACGGACGUACCAAGAUGGGAGUACGACCAGGAACCUCUCAGCAAGACCCGCCACGUCCAGGCCGUAGGAACGUGGCGGAUAUAAGGAUUACCGUGUCUGAUCCUUUCAACGAAAGAGCCCAACCCAAGAAGCCAUCGAAACCUGAAUCCAAAUUUAAGAUGCUGGCUGAAAAGGUUGUGCAGCAAGACCGAAAUGUUGAUAGGAAUCAGGUUACCAGUUCCGCAAUGGAGAUGACGUCUGGCACACCAGCACUGGCCAUGGGCAGACCACGACAGCGUGAGGUGCCUCGUCAAAGAAAACCCGGCGCUAGUGUCUUACCUCCAGUGUAUUCAUUUUCCCACACGUAACCAUCGAAUGGUGCAGCUGAUUCUCACUCAAGAAAACUGUUCUUUGCAGAAAAAGCUGAUAAAUUUGACUGAUUUGGAAACAAUAGAAUAGAAUAGAUGUUUAACGACACCCCAGCACGACAAAUGCAUCGGCUAUUGGGUGUCAAACUAUGGUAAAUGCAACAAUAAUGUGAUGAGAAACAUCAAUAUAAAAAUUCAAAAGUUAAAUUAAAAAAAAAAACAGUGUAAAGAUCUGUACGAAAAUUACACAUAUCGCAGAUAGGUAAUAUUAAAAUAUAGCAUAAAAGUCAGAUUCACGUAGACAUUGUAAUAUAAGUUCUGGAUGGAAUCGAAAUGAUUGCAUCACAUUUCUUUGACCAAAAAUAUUUGUUCUAGUUUCUUUCAGAUGCUUCAACUCCACCAUAAUGUGGUGUACCGUCAGAGUACACUGACAGUGCACACAUUGAGGUGGAGUAUUUUUAUUCAAGAUAAAUGAAUGGGUCAAGUUGGUAUGACCGAUGCGAGCACGACACAAUACUAUUCCUGCAUUGCCUAUAGAUUUUGAAACAUUACUGAAGAACAAUCUCACUAAUUUUUUCAGAUUUUGACGGAUACAGUCUCCAAUUUGGAUUGUUAUUAUACAAUCAUAUCAACGUUGUUGUUAAUUUGGCUGACUUCUGCAUAUAUUAUUAUUAUUAUUAUAGAACCAAGGUCGCUAAUGUGACCAACUUUUACACGUUAGACAACACAUUCAUUUGGCUGAUUUUAAUUCAAGAGCUAUGGCGGCACAGGCGACGAAUCAAGCGUAUACGUUUGUCGAUAUCCGUUCAUAGCGAACACACGACUUUUUUAAAAGUGCAUUUGAGCUUGUAUUUCACAUUUGUACAUGAUGU